UGCUGCUGCUACUGAGGUGGCUGCUACCGCUGGCAGUGCUGAUGGUGUUGCUGCUGCUGCUGGUGUUUAGGCUGCAGCGGAUGUGUUUGGUUUUUGUCGUCCGUCUGUCUGUAGGGCGCUGCUGCUGCCGUCCGUUCGUAGUUCGGGUGGUGGUGAUCAUUUUCGUCGUCGUCGUCGUCGCAGCGAUGGCAAUGCGACUGGUGUUUGUGCAGUAGUUUCGCGUAUUUUGUGCUGUUCGUUGAAUAUCAUCACGGUGAAAAAGUGUGGCUGUGUUGUGCACUCGCUGCGUCGCUCCCGCAGCUGGGCUGGUUCUUAACAGAGCGCCAGUGCUCACCUCCUGCCAUCGACGGAGGCUCCGGUGACAGUGAACGAGCGCCCAUUUUGGACUACAUCUUACACAGUGUGAACUGGUCGACCAGUUAUAAUUCCCGCUAGUUAUUGUAUAUGUGUAUAUAUGUUGUUUCGAGCUGGAAACUCUACGAGCCAGACGGCCGACGGACACUUUGCCCACCCACGGGGCUAAACAGCCAGUGUCUGCAAGGCGGGUUUGCUGCCUUUUGUUUCGACGGAAGGAUCACUACGAGGCGGAUUGUUCAGCAAGCUUGUACAGGAGACAGGGAUGUAAUCGAAUCCGUGCCGCUAUCGGUAGAACAUCGAAAUUGGGAAAACUAUAGGGAAAACUCGCGAAAACUAGCUAACUUGUCGUCUGUCGGCGACGUUUACGUCGCUUGUUCUCAUCUCAGCACUAGCAGCAGCAGCAGUAGCAGCAACCUUUUGUUUGUGGCCGUGUGUAUUCGCGGGCACUGCAGGGCGUCCGCCCGUCCACUAACUCUCAACGCGUUUUGCUGCCCUAUCAUCAACGGCAACGACAACAGCGGCGGGACAAUCUAUAACAGUGCACCGAACAAAAACAACAACAAACCGGAACUAAGUGCAACAAAUCACAGAGUAUCGCCGCUGAAAAUUAUAUCUGAACGGCUGCUGCUGCUUCUGCUGCUGUUGACUACAACUGCUGCUACUCCAGCAGCAGCAGCGGCAACAACAACAACAACAACAACAACAACAACAACAACAAACAGGGAGGGGAGCAGUAGCAUAGAGCUUUGGCAUUAUCAGGUCGGGGCCAUGGCCGCGCGCUCAGCCGGCAGUUAUUGAAAAGAGGUUCGGCUGCUGGGCUGGCUGUGGCUGGGUGGUCGCUGGCCGCGGCCACAGUGGCCGCCUGGGCGCCAAACAAGCGAGUCGCGAUGGCGAGAAUCGCUUAGACACGACAGCGCUAGGCUACGAAAGCAGCUGACAUGAUGAUGCAGUCGUCAAUGGUGGCCAACCCCCAUCACCCAGGCCACCCGGGCCAUCACCCAGGCCACCCCACUCAUACAAGUCAUCACCCAGGCCAUCCUGGUCAUCCUGGCCACCCUGCUGCUGCUGCUGCUGCCGCUGCUGCUGCUGCUGCUGCUGCCGCUGCUGCUGCCGCUGGUGUUGGUGGUGGUCACGGAGGUGGUCCCCAUGGCCCCCAGCCCCCGCCGCCACCUCCGCCUCCACCGUCUUCUCAGCUGUCAAUCGGCCCCCCUGCUCCACCAGGCGGUCACAGCCAUGGACAUCCUCACGGUCCCCAUGGGCCACCCAUGCAUCCCGGUGGACCUCCCGGUGGUCAUCAUCCCAGCCAUCAUCAGGUGCAUUUGGGAUCUCCACUAGGCCCCCCUCCGGGCCUUCCGCAUGGCGCACCAUUAACCCAACAACCACCUCCUCCUCCCCCUCAACCGCCACCACAGACGAUGCAGCCUCAACAGGGCCCCCAACAUCAACAGCAACAACAACAACAACAACAACAACAACAACAACAACAACAACAGCAACAACAACAACAACAACAACAGCCAUCCACCUCACACUUACGUGCGGUAUUGAGUCAGCGAAUGAAGUUGUUACAAUGCCAGUUACAGUCAUCGUCCAGUUCGCCAGGCGGCUCAAGUGGAACCUCAAGCUCAGGCGGAACUGGAACUCCUGGAAGCAAGCCAGCUCGACAACUGCCUUGUAUCGAAGAGGCUUGGAAUAUACCGGUCUCGCAAGAAAUGGCCUCAAAACAACAACAGCAGAGUUUGUUACACAAAGGAGCUCAUGCCUUUGGCACUGCGCUACAACGGGGACACCAUGGACAGGGCGGACAAGGGUACAACGGCAUGAAUGGACCGCUAAGUAAUGGCAUGGAAAAACCUCCGUAUUACCUAUCUAAUCAGGAAAUGCAGAUGCUACAACAACUGCAAGCAAAUGUUGGAAACCUAAUACCCCACCAGCGGCAGGUGUUGCACCAGUUGCAGAGUCGACAUCGUUUAAUGUUGCAGCAUAAGAACCAGUUGCAACAACAGCAGCAACAGCAACAACAAUAUGCCUUUCAAGCUAAUACAGAGCAUCCAGCGGGAAGUGUGAAGGGAGAGACGUCAAUAUCUAACGGCCCACAAGCAUUUGCUGUGCCCCAGCCUCCUCCGGGUUCAACGGGGCCGCACACGAACGCGCAGAACAGCGCGCUAACAGCAAAUGGAGUCAAACAGGAGGCCAACGAGCCUAUGAUGUCAGACACUGACGGUUCUAUCGAUGAUAAAAGCUUGAUUGUCGGCUCAAAAGGGGCCAAAGAAGAAUCAAGAGAUUGUAAAGAUGGCCUUGUUGGAUCAGCGACGACAACAUCCUCUGCAAGCACGAAAAUAGUAUACGGUGCGACGGGGACUAGCAAGGCGCCAAGACUAAAGGACGUUGGCAGCAGAAUCGACGAUGAUGUUAACGAGGACGAAGAUGCGGACCUAAGCGAUGGACCCAGUCAGCAGAUUCUGGUGGCGUCGCUAAAGAGCUCCGAGCUUGCCAAGUUGUUGCGCAUUGGACCUAGUGCAGUCACGUGUCGAGUGUUUGAGGACCCUUUUGCUAAUCCCCCAUUGCCUGACGAAGAUGUUGAGCCAAUGGAAACGGAUGCAGCAGUUGCCGCUGUAGUUGUAGGAAAAUCAGAUGCAAAUGAAACCAGCCGUAGCUGUAAGCCAGCUGAUAUCGCGUUCAGACCUCCGAGUCGGGUGCCACAACUGCUUGGAGGUGAUGCGACGUCAGACCAAAUCGUGCAUAGUUGCAAAGAGACCUUGUCAAAGUACGGCGUGCCUGCCGUGUCGAUCGUCCACGGCUAUGGAGGCCCUCCCCCUCGACCACCAGCCCGGCCGCCACAGCUGGCACGAGAUAAACUCCUGCCUCAGGCGCCUAGCGUGUUUCUUGACAAUAAGAAGCAAGCUUUUACGCCGCAGUUGCAACAGUUCUGUAAUUCUAAUCCGAUCACGGUUGUGCGCAAUCUUGGCUCAGUGUUAAAACUCGACCUGGGCCUUUUUUCGACCAAGUGCCUGGUUGACGCAUAUCCUGAUCAGCCCGUCGAAGUGCGAACCCAACUACAGCAGAGCCUCGACGAAAACUGGGAUGGUCAACGGCGCGCCCAGUUGUGGCGCUGCGAGAGCGGCAAAGGACGUUGUACGCUAUCACGUUACGCACAAUACCAAGCCGCGUCGUUUCAGGAGCAGUUGCGCGAAGAGCAGCAAGGCAACAAUGGAAAUAGCUCUCAACCUCACCUAUCCGAUUCCGACUCCAACUCGUCACUUGGAGUGUUCAACACAGUCGGGGGUCCUCAAGGUGCUGGCGGCGGGGGCAAGUCGAAACGCGCCAAAAAGAGCGCCGUGUUUAAAACACUCAAAUUUGGCAGUCAUGUCGAUCUUAAUGACGAGAAACGGUGGCGGGUACAAUUGCAAGAGCUGCAGAAGCUGCCACCUUUUACGAAGGUCGUAUCCGGUUGCAAUAUGUUAUCGCACAUUGGGCGACAAAUGAUUGGAGUCAAUACUGUGAAAUUACACCUAAAAGUGCCGGGAGCACGGACCACUGGUCACCAGGAGCAUAACAAUUUCUGUUCAGUAAACGUAAAUAUUGGGCCGGGAGACUGUGAGUGGUUUGCGACACCUCACGAAUACUGGGGAGAGGUGCACCGCUUGUGCGAACGAGCACAUGUCCGCUUCGACGGAGACAGCUGGUGGCCGUUGCCUGAAGAUCUAACAGCUCAUCAUAUACCUGUUUACCGAUUUACACAGCGGCCAGGCGAUCUUGUAUAUGUCAAUUAUGGCACCGUUCAUUGGGUGUACUCUGCCGGAUGGUGUAAUAACAUCUCGUGGAACGUGGGUCCGCUAUGCGCCGAUCAGUACCUGCUCGCGAUUGAGCGUUACGAAUGGAACCGCUUACAUGGCAUCCGUUCUCUUGUUCCCAUGCAACAGCUCAGCUGGAAUUUGGCGCGUAAUUUACAGCUGGCAGACGAACGGCUCUUUCGGUUAUUGCGCGACGUGUUGGCGCGAAGUCUCUGCCAUUGUGCUCUCUUGCGCGAGUGGCUACGUGGACUACGCAAGGACGUCCGGUGGCACGGCAAAGCGCGCAGUGAGCCCACGUACUAUUGUACCCUGUGUCAGACGGAGGUGUUCAACAUCUUGUUUGUAAAGACCCGUCCGGGAGUUGAUGGUCACGGUCUGGGCCCUCUCUCCAAGCGGAUGGAGGUCCAUUGCUUCUACUGCGCGCGCAAGGCCUCGCCAGGCCUGCAUGAAUAUGUUGUUCUAGAGGAGUACUCGAUGAAUGAUCUCAAGGACGUCUACGAUCAUUUUCAACUUCGGGAGGUGGCACCUUCUUCAUCGAGUACUUCGCUUUCAUAGAGAAAGAAAGAAUACGAAUUUUUAACGAAAUUGCGCAAAAAAGGACGGUACAUACUGGAGGAACAACAUCACAGCAACGAUGCAAAUAAUGCUGAUUUCAAUGGCAAAAAAAUGAUGUUAUAUGCCGGCGGCCGGCCCGCGCGCUCGUGAAUGUACAUAUGUAGUGUAGUAGCCAUACUAAAAAUAAAAAGGGAGAAAGAAAUAGUUGGAAACAAAAAGGAAAACCGAUACUGGGAAAAAGAGAAGACUAUAUCAUUAACAACAAAAGCCAGUCACACACUUUAAUAGAAAGAAGAAAAAUGACGGGGGCAAAGACUGUCCCUACAAUUAUUAUAAUUAUUAUUAUAUAUUGUUAUUAUCAUAACAGGAGGACGCUGUGGACGACAUAGAUUUCGUAGAGAUGACACUCUUCUACAUAUUCGAUAAUACCUUUUACUAUGACUCCGCGGAUCAGUCCUUUCCCAGGACAGAAAACAACUGGAUUUGUAACAUAAGUUAUACAUAAAUCUUAAAAAAAUAAGGAAAAAUUACCCUAUCAACAACUUGUACCUUGCACGGGUCCUCUCAUAAUACCACUAGGGUUCUCGGCAGUAGAGCAAUGCCACCCGGGUGAAGGUAAACAAAUAUUAAGACUCUAAGAUUGCCUGCCCUGGAUUCCGAUAUAGAAACUGAAACAAUUAGAGAGUAUUACUAAAAGAAUAUAUAUAUAUAUAUAUAUAUAUAUAUAUAUAUAUAUAUAUAUAUAUAUAUGAAAAGCAGAAAUCCAUGCGGACAGAGACACACAAGUUUAUUACGGCAGUAAGGGCAGAAGUGGCGGCAAAAGAACUCUACACAAAAAACAUAGACAGGAGACCCUUCCCUGCAUCACAUCCAGUUGGACGGGAGAAGCAAAUAGUUGAAACUGGAGCAGAAGAACAAGGAACGAGGAGUGAAAAUCUAAAUAGUUAAUCGCAGUAGACAAAGCAGCCACAAUAAAGGGCGACACUAAAAGAGCAAAAAUCAAUAAAGGAAACUUCCGCUUGUACUCAAAUUGACUCCCAGUAGAAUACGCAGGUAGGAAAUUUGAGACAAAGAUUAGCAGGAAACAAAAUUAGAUAAACUAAAAUGAUGGCGUUGACGUUAGUGGUGAUAACAACCAAAAGGAACAACAACAACAACCAAACUGAGAGAAGAGUUGCGAAGACCGCCUGUUUUUGUGGAUGGUAUGCGUGCACACGUGGCUACCCCGGUAUAGGCGUGUUUAUGUGCGUGUUUGGCGUGCGCUUGAUUUGUGUUUGAUGUGUCAUUGUGCGUCAGUGUGAUGGCUAGAUGUGUGAGAAAAUGUUGGUUUGAACCGAGUGUUUUGAUGGUAUCGUGGUAUGAACGUUUUGCUUAUCCAUCUUCUGUUGUGCCUGCGGGGCAAAAGCAGAAUAAAGGUUAAAGCUGAACCUGCGGAGGACGAGGGAAAUGAUUAACGACAAGUAGCGCCCAGUUAGCAAGAUCCGAAACUCAGGCCGGCGAGGCAAUGUCACCACGUCUGCCCUGUAAUAAUUUUUCUUCGGCCAGAAAUGUAAUUUAUUCGCUUAAUUGUUUUACGAUGACAUGGGAAGACAUGAGAGAAAAAGUGUGGAAAUAUAAGGUGGAAGCGACGUCAAGAAAAUAGUAAAAUAAGGAGGGACAACUAAGAGCUAAAUAAUAAUUAUAAUAAUAAA